UGCUCCGGCACAAACAAUGGUCGUUCAUUGGCCGGCUCCGAAAAUCGAGUUCAAGAUCUCACCACAAUGUACGAAAAUUGCACACGGGUAUACGGUAACGUUGAAAUCACUCAUUUGACGAAGACGACGCUGACAAAUUGGACAGAUGCCGAUUUCAGCCGGAAGCUUAGGAUAUUUGAACACAUACGAGAGAUCAAAGGAUACCUUCUCAUUUAUAAUGUGGACAUACGAAGUAUAGAUUUUCCGAAUUUGAAAAUCAUCUGGGGUGAUGAUUUGUUAGACGACACCAGCGCUCUGACGCUGAGUAGUAAUUUGGAGUUAAAGGAACUGCGGAUGCCGAAACUGCGAGCAAUUCAGAAAGGGAAUGUGCGUAUCGAGAACAGUACGUUCUUAUGCUAUCUGCAAUCGAAAGUCAACUGGGAUGAGCUACUCGAAGAUGAUGCUGAAAAACGCCUUUACACGUCUGAAUCAGCAUUUCGUCAGUGUAAUCCCUCACUAAUGAAAUGUACUGGUUGCAAACAUUGCUGGAGUGGGAAGGAAAAAUACUGUCAAGAAGAGUACCGAUCCGUCUGCGGAGAUAAAUGCGCCUCUCGCCAAUGUUUCUUACCUGCUAAUUCAAGUGAGUAUGAGUGCUGCCAUGAAGCUUGCACGGGCGGUUGUACCGGACGUGGUGCUCAUCAGUGUGUGGCUUGUCGUGAGUUGAGCCUUGAUGGAGUUUGCGUACACCAAUGCCCACCUAUGAUGGUUCAUGAUUCAAAAAAGGGAAUGUUGGUUCCAAAUCCUAAAGGACGUUAUGUUUAUGAUCGAUACUGUGUUGAGGAAUGUCCUAGUGAGUAUGAUCUACCUAGCUCUGUCGGCUACCAGACACCACCUAAACCUCUUUGCGAUUUUAGAAGAGUUGCUGGUGGAAAGGGAUGCAUGUGUUCGACAUUGUUCUGUAGGAUCUCAUCACGAUAUGACAAAGGAUUCUAG